AUAUAUUGUAAAGCCAUCACCUACAAAAUGGAUUUGAAAUAUGAUGGCCAGUGCCGUUUCCAUUUCAUGAGAGACUGGUCAGAUAAUAUUUUAUUGUUACCACCAGUAGAAAAAACGAAUCAAGCAAAUUGUACCAAGCAGUUGAUGGAAGUUAUGAAGACCUGUCUACAUUUACUAGAAAACCUUGCAACAGUCUGGUGCUUGUUAAUUAUGAUGGCAUCAAAGAUUAAAUUAUUUUUCACAUCAUUAGUGCAUCAAUACUAAAGUAUUUUCAUUUCUCUGUGGUUUUUUCAUAUCAAGACUAUAAACCAUUCUCUCUUUU